UAAAAACGAUAAUAGAAACGGCCCAAGAAGUGCACGAGCUCACUAACGGGUCUUUUGCCAGAUAACUAAACACCACAAGCAGACUGUAUUUCUAGUUUCGAUUGCUCCCAAAAAUCAAGGCCUUCGUGCCUUUUUCUACCUUUUUUGAGGAGGGCUGGAACACAUACAGGCAGAGAAAUAAGAGCGCCAGCGUUGCCCGAUUUCAACAGGAGGACUAAUCCCGAAAGGGCAACUUUAUAAUUAAAUUUUAAGAGAAUCUGCUAUGAAUAUGCAAGCAGCGUUGCGUUCAAGAGAAAUUUGAAGCUGGUCAGUAAACUAAUCUACGGAAAACGAUUAUCAGACCAUACUGGUUCACCGGGGCAACCUUAGAAAAGGUAAAAGGCGAAUUAGGAUAGACCGCUGUCCGGAAAAAAGAAUCAACUAACAGAACAUUAAAAUGGGAUCCAGAGCGUCGACGUUACUGAGGGAGGAAGAAAUUGAAGAAAUCAAGAAGGAAACUGGUUUUUCUCACAGUCAGAUCACCCGGCUAUACAGUCGCUUCACCAGCCUAGAUAAAGGCGAGAACGGCACGCUCAGCCGGGAGGACUUUCAGAGGAUUCCAGAGUUGGCCAUUAAUCCACUUGGCGACCGGAUCAUUAAUGCGUUUUUUCCAGAAGGAGAAGAUCAGGUGAACUUCCGGGGGUUCAUGCGAACAUUGGCGCAUUUUCGUCCCAUUGAGGAUAAUGAGAAGAACAAGGAUCCCACUGCCAGUGAGCCCCUCAAUAGCAGGAAUAACAAGCUGCGUUUUGCUUUUCGACUGUACGACUUGGACAGGGAUGAUAAAAUCUCCAGGGAUGAACUCCUACAGGUGUUGAGAAUGAUGGUCGGUGUUAACAUCUCAGAUGAGCAAUUGGGCAGUAUUGCAGACCGGACCAUACAAGAGGCUGAUCAGAAUGGGGACAACUCCAUCUCAUUCAAUGAGUUUAUCAAGGUCUUGGAGAAGGUCGACGUAGAGCAGAAGAUGAGCAUCCGCUUCCUGCACUAGAGGAAUUUGCUUCCUACAGUCUACAAUUAGAGCAAAACCAGUCCCCCAUUUUCAAAGUCCUUAGACUAGUAGAGCUCACCAGUCUCACUUUGGUACCAAAAAAUUAUGGUCAAUGUCAAGUUAUAAUUUGCUUGUUGAUGGUGAGUCAGCCUUGUACUACUCUGAAAAGGAAGGGAGGAGUUGUGUGCCUUUUUAUGAUUUGCAUUGUCAUACCUGCAGUUCCCCAAAGAGGGAAAUUGCAAGCACAUUUCAGAUCUGAAGUCUAAGGUAAAUAUGAAUGUUAAAUCUUGCCAUUGUGGUUUGCCCAUGAAUUUCAAUAAUUGUGUUCAUAUAACAUCACGUGUGACAGGUGGGUUAUUGAUGAUAUUUACACAGACAUGACACCUGAAGUUGAUGACUGAAACAGUCUACUAUUUAAAUUGACUUAUCAGUUCAUAAUAAAUAGUAUGAAUAGUGUAAUUCUUGUUUUCCUGCAACCCUGUACUGGAUAAUUGGAUGGAUGAAUGGGUGGCUGGAUGGAUGAAUGGACGGAUGGAUGGAAAAUAGUUUUUUUUUUAUAGAUCAAUUUAUGGUUGCAUUCCAAAGCCAGACAAAACAGUCUUGCUCUACCAUUCUGAUCACAUCAUUCUUGCUAUACCUUUGUUGCAAACAUAGAAGCAAGAACUCAAAUUUAAAUUAUUUUUUUGUUUCUCCUAAGUGAAAUUCCAAUUUUCAAUCAAUCACUAUAUAUUCUCCAAUUAGAUGUUACUUCCAAUUACAUUCAUUUAUUGAGGUGUGGGGUUUUUUUCCUGUAUAUUAGGUUGCAAAAAUAUCAUCUAGUUAUAAAGUGAUCUGAUUGCCUACAAAGUAGAUGAUGAAUAUAAUCGUUUAAUAUGAUCUAUCUACACUGUACUGAUUUUGUGAAUAAUUUUGUAUUCUUUUUAGUUCAGAAUGUGAUUAUGAACUAUAACAAUAAGCCUCAAAAUAAAAAUAUCAGAUGUGCAGCAAAAGUGAUUGAAAUAUGUAUGGAUUGGAUUUAAUUAAAAGUGCCAUCAUUGUUAUAA